GCUUGAAAACAAUGGUGGGGGCCAGAUCUGCAUGUAUCCAUCCAUAUAGAAAAAACAAACGCGUAAGGUAACCCGCACGAUUGCAAUUUGGAAGGGAAAGGGCAGACUGAAGAUCGCUGUUAAGGUCUUCCACUAAUUCUAACUCUAACAAGAAGUUGCAUCAUCAUUACCAAUGGUUAUUUCGUACCGAAAAGCAAGGGCAAGGCAAGUGCCACCUCAGCUCUAUCCAGCUAGUUUUAAUUUCUGUUGAUGCACAGCUCUUCAAUAUUCUCAAACCCCUCCCUUGAGUUAACCCGUGUUUGUACAAGAUCAUAAUCUUGGGCUACUAAGUUUAAGUGGGGAUCGUUUGAAUUAGAUUUUAACAGAGCAGAUCUGGCGAGAUGGGUGUCGAUUACUACAAAGUUCUGAAGGUGGAAAGAAAUGCAUCGGAGGAGGAACUGAAGAAGGCAUACAAAAAGUUGGCCAUGAAAUGGCACCCAGAUAAGAACCCUGAUAACAUGGUGGACGCCGAGGCUAAUUUCAAACGAAUUUCCGAGGCCUAUGAGGUUCUCAGUGAUCCUGAAAAGCGUAAAAUUUAUGAUCAAUUUGGAGAAGAGGGACUGAAGGGGCAGGUUCCAUCACCUGGUGAAUCGUCUUUUGCAGAUGGAAGUGGGCCAAAUUUGUACACAUUUAAUCCAAGAAAUGCAGAAGACAUAUUUGCUGAGUUUUUCAGUGAUUCAAACCCAUUUGGUGGUAUGAACGGUUUUGGUGGCAGAGGAGUGAGGAGGACAGGUUUUCAAGAUGCCAUGUUUGGACGCUACAAUGGCCCAGAAAACAUUUAUAAUCAAUUUGGCAGAGGAGUUUCUUCAGUUCCUCGCAAAGCCAAGCCUGUGGAAAGCAAGCUACCAUGCACAUUGGAAGAUUUUUACGGUGGGACCACAAAGAAAAUGAAAAUAUCAAGAAAUAUUAUUGAUGAUAAUGGAAAAAUGCAAACAAAGGACGAGUUUCUAACGAUCAAAAUCAAGCCUGGUUGGAAGAAAGGAACAAAGAUCACAUUCCCCGAGAAAGGAAAUGAGGAGCCUAAUGUGAUUCCUGCUGACCUUAUAUUUGUUAUUGAUGAGAAGCCUCAUGAUGUAUACAAGAGGGAUGGCAAUGAUCUAGUUGUUACUCAAAAAAUAUCUCUCAGUGAGGCUCUUACUGGCUACAAUGUUAACUUGUGUACUUUAGACAUGAGGCGUUUGAGCAUACCAAUUACUGAUGUCAUAAGGCCUGGUUAUGAGAAAGUAGUACCCAAUGAGGGAAUGCCUGUUGCAAAGGAGCCUGGAAAGAGAGGAAAUUUGAGAAUAAAGUUUGAUAUCAAAUUCCCAACCAGAUUAACUGCUGAGCAAAAAUCAGGCAUCAAGAGAUUACUAGGGGGCUAGGUUGCCCUCCACAAUCACUAUUAUCCACACAGAGAGUAUGUGGCACAUCAGGAAGAAAGAGCUUGUGAGCAGAUAGCAAAAAAAAUUGUGGUUGUAUUAAGAAAUUCAAUGGAAAUCCAUCAUUUGAGUGCCUAGGGCUUACAUUUGUUGCCUUUUUUUACGGAUUCACCUGGUCACCACUCAUAAGAGGGUUUGCAAUUGUAAAAUGAUAUUUGUCGGCCUCAGGUUGUACAGUUAACAAAAGAUACAAUAAGUGCUAUUUUUAAGAUAGUUAACAAUUGUUGAAAGCAUGGUUUCCUCUGAUUUC